AUGGCCGUGCCAGGCACACAUGGGUGGACACACAGCCCUGCUUGGGUCACAGCCAUCCCCUCACUGCUUCUGUUGUCCUUUCUUUCAGAGAUCGACCAGGGGAGCUGCGGGGAUCCCGGCAUUCCGGCCUACGGCAGAAGAGAAGGGUCCACAUUUCGCCACGGGGACAGUUUGAAGUUUGAGUGCCAGCCUGCCUUUGAGCUGAAGGGCCAGAAAACAAUUACCUGCCAAAAGAGUAGCCAGUGGUCUGCUCAGAAACCUGUCUGUGUUUUUUCCUGCUUUUUCAACUUCACCACCCCGUCUGGGAUCGUGCUGUCGCCGAAUUACCCUGAAGAGUAUGGAAGCAGCUUGCACUGCGUUUGGUUGAUUAUAGCUAAACCUGAGAGCAGAAUUCAUUUGGCUUUCAAUGAUUUUGACGUGGAGCCUCAGUUUGAUUUCCUAGCCGUGAAGGACGGCGGCACUGCGGAGUCUCCAGUGCUGGGCACCUUCUCAGGAAGCCAAAUCCCCUCCUCGCUGACCAGCAGCGGCCACGUCGCCAGGCUGGAGUUCCAGACUGAUCACUCCAUGGAGAAGAGAGGCUUCAAUAUUACCUUCACCACAUUUAGGCACAACGAGUGCCCGGACCCCGGCGUGCCCGUGAAUGGGAAGCGCUUUGGGGACAGCCUGCAGCUCGGCAGCUCCGUGUCCUUCCUUUGUGAUGAGGGCUUCAUCAGAACCCACGGCUCAGAGACCAUCACCUGCAUCCUGAAGGAAGGGAACGUGGUCUGGAACAACGCCGUGCUCAGAUGUGAAGCUCCGUGCGGGGGCCACCUGACAUCUCCCAGUGGCACCAUCCUGUCCCCUGGCUGGCCUGGCUUCUACAAGGACUCCCUGAGCUGUGCAUGGGUGAUCGAGGCCCAACCAGGCUACCCCAUCAAGAUCACAUUCGACAGGUUUAAGACGGAGGUGAAUUAUGACACCCUGGAGGUGCGAGAUGGCCGGUCCUACUCUUCCCCACUGAUAGGCGUCUAUGAUGGGACUCAGGUGCCCCAGUUCCUCAUCAGUACCAGCAACUACCUUUACCUCCUCUUCACCACUGACAAAAGCCACUCUGACAUUGGCUUUCAGAUCCGAUAUGAAACUGUGAAGCUCCAAUCUGACCACUGCUUGGAUCCUGGGAUCCCCGUCAAUGGGCAGCGCCAUGGGAAUGAUUUCUAUGUGGGAGCACUGGUGACAUUCAGCUGUGACUCGGGCUACACCCUGAGUGACAACGAAGCCCUGGAGUGUGAGCCAAACUUCCAGUGGAGCAGACCACUGCCAAGCUGUGAGGCUCUAUGUGGAGGUUACAUUCGUGGUUCCAGUGGUACUAUCUUAUCCCCAGGCUUUCCUGAUUUUUAUCCAAAUAACUUGAACUGCACGUGGACAAUAGAAACAUCACAUGGAAAAGGCGUGUUCUUCACCUUUCAUACCUUCCACCUGGAGAAUGGCCAUGAUUACCUCCUCAUCACCGAGAACUCCAGCUUUGCACAGCCCCUGAAGCAGCUCACCGGCUCCCGCCUGCCCGCCCCGCUCAGCGCAGGGCUCUUUGGGAACUUCUCUGCACAAAUCCGCUUCAUCUCAGACUUCUCCAUGUCCUACGAGGGCUUCAACAUCACCUUCUCAGAGUACGACUUGGAGCCUUGCGAUGAGCCGGAGGUCCCAGCCUACAGCAUCAGGAAGGGGCUGCAGUUCGGCGUGGGCGACGUCCUCACCUUCUCCUGUUUCCCUGGGUACCGCCUGGAGGGCACAGCACGAAUCACCUGCCUCGGGGGGAGACGGCGUGUGUGGAGUUCGCCUCUGCCAAGGUGUGUUGCUGAAUGUGGUUCGUCUGUAACUGGAACUCAAGGUGUUCUGCUGUCCCCCAACUACCCAAUAAACUACAACAACAACCACGAGUGCAUCUACUCCAUCCAGACACAGCCUGGAAAGGGGAUCCAGCUGAAAGCCAGGACUUUCGAACUGGAAGCAGGAGAUGUCCUCAAGGUCUACGAUGGCAGCAACAGCUCUGCUCGCCUGCUGGGUUCCUUCAGCCGCUCGGAAAUGCUCAGCACCAGCAUCAACAGCACUUCCAGCAGCAUGUGGCUCGAGUUCAUCACCAACAGUGAGAACACCAGCAAAGGCUUUGAGCUGCAGUUUUCCAGUUUUGAACUCAUCAAAUGCGAGGAUCCCGGCAUCCCGCAGUUUGGCUACAAGGUCCACGAUGAGGGGCACUUUGCUGGCAGCUCGGUGUCGUUCAGCUGUGACCCUGGCUAUACCCUGCGGGGCAGCAGAGUGCUGGUCUGUCUGACCGGGGAGCGGAGAGCCUGGGAUCAGCCCCUGCCAACCUGUGUGGCUGAGUGUGGGGGUUCUAUCAAAGGAGAGACGUCAGGACGGAUUCUGUCUCCCGGUUACCCCACACCCUACGAUCAUAACCUGAACUGCAUUUGGUCCAUAGAGGCAGAAGCUGGUUGCACGAUAGGACUCCAUUUCAUGGUUUUCCACACCGAGGAGUUCCACGAUGUGCUGAGGAUCUGGGACGGUCCGGUGGAGAAUGGGAUCCUCCUGAAGGAGAUGAGUGGGUCCAUUCUGCCUGGUGACAUCCACAGUACUUUCAAUUCCGUCAUCCUUCAGUUCAACACUGAUUUCUUCACAAGCAAGCAGGGCUUCGCCAUUCAGUUUUCAGUUUCCACUGCCACUUCCUGCAAUGACCCAGGGAUUCCCCAGAAUGGGAGCCGGAGUGGUGACAGCAAAGAGGCAGGAGACUCCAUCGUCUUCCAGUGUAACCCAGGAUACGCUCUGCAAGGGGAGGCCAAAAUCACUUGUGUGCAGAUUGAGAACAGAUUCUUCUGGCAGCCGGACCCCCCCUCCUGCACAGCUCCCUGCGGAGGGAUCCUGACAGGACCGGCAGGAGUGAUCCUGUCCCCGCAGUACCCAGAGCCCUACCCGCCGGGGAAGGAGUGCGACUGGAAGCUGACCGUCUCUCCUGAUUAUGUCAUUGCCUUGGUAUUUAACAUCUUCAGUUUGGAGCCUGGCUAUGAUUUCCUUCACAUUUACGAUGGACCCGAUUCGCUCAGCCCCCUGAUUGGAAGCUUUUAUGGCUCCCAGCUACCUGAGAGGAUAGAGAGCAGCAGUAACAGCCUCUUCCUGGCCUUCCGGAGCGAUGCAUCUGUCAGCAAUGCUGGAUUUGUCAUCGAAUACACGGAAAAUCCCAGGGAAUCAUGCUUUGAUCCUGGAUCAAUUAAAAAUGGUACACGAGUGGGUACAGACUUGAAACUGGGAUCUACAAUCACCUACUACUGUGAUGGAGGGUAUGAUAUCGAAGGGGUCUCCACGCUAACGUGCAUAAUGGGAGAGGAUGGGAAACCUGCGUGGAACAAACCCCGACCUACCUGUACAGCACCCUGUGGUGGUCAGUACACAGGCUCAGAUGGUGUAGUCCUCUCUCCAAAUUAUCCCCAGAAUUACACCAGUGGACAAGUCUGCUUGUACUUCAUCGUCGUGCCGAAGGACUACGUUGUCUUUGGGCAGUUUGCCUUCUUCCAGACUGCGCUCAAUGACAUCAUUGAGGUUCACGAUGGCCCCAACCAGCACUCCCGGCUGCUCAGCUCCCUCUCAGGCUCUCAUACAGGUGAAUCAUUGCCAUUAGCUACCACCAACCAGAUUCUCAUCAAAUUUAGUUCCAAGGGUCAAUCUACAGCCAAAGGCUUUCAUUUUGUCUACCAAGCGGUUCCUCGCACCAGUGCCACGCAGUGCAGCUCAGUCCCAGAGCCACGCUACGGCCGGCGGUUGGGCAGUGACUUCGCCGUGGGGGCUGUGGUCCGCUUCGAGUGCAGCGCCGGCUACGUACUGCAGGGAUCCCGCAGCAUCGAGUGCCUCACCAUGCCUGGAGCACUGGCGCAGUGGAACGUCUCUGUACCCACCUGUGUGGUGCCAUGUGGUGGAAAUCUGACUGAGCGCAAAGGCACCAUCCUCUCCCCUGGCUUCCCAGAGCCGUACCUGAACAGCCUCAACUGUGUGUGGAAGAUAUCAGUCCCCGAGGGAGCAGGAAUCCAGAUACAGGUGAUCAGUUUUGUCACUGAGCAGAACUGGGAUUCCCUAGAAGUGUUUGAUGGAGGAGAUAACACAGCCACCAUGCUGGGAAGUUUCUCUGGAACUACAGUGCCUGCGUUGCUGAACAGCACUUCAAACCAGCUCUAUCUGCAUUUCUAUUCGGAUAUCAGCGUCUCUGCUGCUGGCUUUCACCUGGAAUACAAAACUGUCGGCCUGUCCAGCUGCCCAGAGCCCCCAGUUCCUGGGAAUGGCCUGAAGGUUGGGGAGCGCUACCUGGUGAACGACGUCGUCUCCUUCCAGUGUGAGCCAGGCUAUGCACUGCAGGGGCACUCUCACAUUUCCUGCAUGCCAGGCACUGUGCGGCGCUGGAACUACCCCCCUCCGCUUUGCAUUGCCCAGUGUGGAGGAACAGCAGAGGAGAUGGAAGGAGUCCUCCUGAGCCCGGGGUUUCCAGGAAACUAUCCCAGCAACCUGGACUGCACGUGGAGGAUAUUGCUGCCAGUGGGAUUUGGCGCUCACAUUCAAUUCCUAAACUUCUCCACUGAGCCAAACCAUGACUUCGUUGAGGUGCGCAACGGGCCGUACGACACCAGCAACGUCAUCGGGCGCUUCAGCGGCACCGAAAUCCCAGGCUCCCUCCUGUCCACAUCUCAUGAAACCACUGUGUACUUCCACAGCGACCAUUCGCAGAACAAGCCAGGCUUCAAGCUGGAGUACCAAGCGUAUGAGCUGCAGGAAUGCCCUGACCCUGAGCCUUUUGCCAACGGUGUUGUACGAGGAGCUGGUUACAACGUUGGCCAGUCCAUCUCUUUUGAGUGUCUGCCUGGGUACCAGCUGAUCGGUCACCCCGUCCUGACGUGUCAGCAUGGAACCAACAGGAACUGGGAUCACCCAUUGCCCAGGUGUGAAGGUAUGGCUUUGGGAUCACCCUAA